CGGCCGUCAACGUACGCAACUUCCGGUUUCGAAAAUUUAUUUUCCCUCAGUUGGCAGCACUGACUGUUCCUUUCUUCCUGCACAUGGCGUGUUUCUAGAAUCCCGAGACACGGAAAAACGAGAAUAAAUUGAAAGAAAAAUAAAGAGGAGAAUUAAAAUUACACAAAAUGCCACAAAACGAGUAUAUUGAACGUCAUCGUAAACUCUAUGGACGUCGUCUCGAUUAUGAGGAACGUAAAAGGAAACGUGAGGCUCGUGCGCCGCACAAACUCGCCGAGAAGGCGCGUUCAUUACGUGGAAUAAAGGCGAAAAUCUUCAACAAGGAGAGGCGCAAUGAAAAGAUUCAAAUGAAACGUAAAAUUAAGGCGCACGAGGAGAAGAAGGGCAAAAAGGAAAGUGAAUUGCCAAAUAAGGGCGCAAUUCCACACUAUCUACUCGAUCGUAAUAUCACAAAUAAUACAAAAGUCCUGUCGAAUAUGAUAAAGCAAAAGCGAAAGGAGAAGGCGGGCAAAUGGGAUGUUCCAAUACCAAAGACUCGGGCACAAUCUGACGCCGAAGUGUUUCGUGUUUUGCGAAGUGGAAAAACAAAGAGAAAAUCGUGGAAACGAAUGGUGACAAAGGUGACGUACGUGGGCGAGAGUUUCACGCGUAAACCACCGAAAUUCGAACGUUUCAUAAGGCCAAUGGGUUUGCGCUUUAAGAAAGCCCACGUCACGCAUCCAGAAUUGAAGGCGACUUUUCAAUUGCCAAUUAUUGGCGUCAAGAGAAAUCCAAAUUCUUCAUUGUUCACGACUUUGGGCGUCAUCACGAAGGGCACUGUCAUCGAGGUGAAUAUCUCCGAAUUGGGUCUCGUCACGCAAACUGGAAAAAUCGUCUGGGGCAAAUUUGCGCAAGUCACUAAUAAUCCGGAAAAUGACGGUUGCAUCAACGCUGUUCUUCUCACUUGAUUCUUUCUUUUAUCUUCUACUUUUAUAAUUAUUACUUGGAAUAAAUAAAAUGUAUUUCAAACGAUUGUCUGUUAUUUAUGUUUUUCAUUAAAAGGAAUGAAUUUUUUA